AUGAAUAAAGCAAGGGAUUUAUAUGAUUGGUAUACAGAAUUAUGUUGGCUUAAAAAAGCUUUAUUAGAAUUAAAUAAAACAGAGCAUAUUUAUUGCGGAAUUGAAACAAUUAGGUUUAAUGAAUUAACCAAUCCCCAAAUUGUAGGAAAAGAUGGAUUCAACACUGUAUAUAAAGCAACAUGGUCGUAUCGGUUGGAUUAUGGACCAGAUUAUGAUAGCGAUGAUUUAGUCAAAAUUCUUGAAUCGGCUGAGAUUAAGAUCAAACAAUUAUCAAAACAGUUAAAAAACAUGAAAUUAAGCCAACAAAGUAAAUCGAUUGAUAUUGUAGAACCGGAACAGUCAAAAGACAUUAGAUUAAGCCAAGCAAGUAAACGUAAACAAAUCGACUCUGCAGAAACCGAAAGGUCAAAAAAUAUGAAAUUGAGCCAACCAAGUAAACCAAUUGAUCCCGUUGAAAUUCCAGGAUUAAUAUUAAAAAAUUUAUAA